AUGGCGGCAAAGGAGGAAAUCCGCCCGAGUCGCUCCUAUACUGCUGUGGUGGAGAAAUCUGCAGACCGGUGGAAAGAAAUCCACAUUGGCCCCGAAGAUGUUCCAGCGCUUUCCAAAUUGGAUGAAAAAUAUCUGGAGCUGGUCCGGUUGUGCCAAUCUGAAGUUUAUGAAGAGGAAUUACACCGAUUCAAAAGGGGAAAACAGCUUCAUUCUACAUCUAGUUUACUGGCUUUGGCCCCUAUUUUAGGUUCUGAUGGUGUGUUGCGACUCGGAGGGCGAGCCAGACGCGCGAAGCUGCCGUACGACCAGCUGCACCCUCCCCUUCUUCCUGGAAGCCAUCCGUUCACUGAAAUGAUCAUCCGCGCUUUCCACGAACAUCUCCAACACGUCGGAACGGACUUUCUGCUCAGUUAUAUCCGUCAACAUUUUUGGCUUACCAGCGGAAGAGAAGCGGUGAAAAGAGUCCGUCGGAACUGUACCAUCUGUCGGCGCAACCGGGCCAAGCCCGGCGAACAAUUGAUGGGAGACCUUCCCGAUUCACGGCUUGACUCCGGCUCUCUCCCGUUUACUCGUACUGCCGUCGACUUGUUUGGGCCAUUUGAGGUUGGCCUCGCCCGAAACCGAACGACCAAGCGUUGGGGCGUGUUGUUUACAUGCAUGGUCACUCGCGCCGUAUUCCUGGAGCUCGUCCCGUCCCUCUCAACAAGUGAUUUUCUGUCGGCCCUACGAAAAUUCAUUUCUCUCUACAGAAAGCCCGAGGUAAUCCACUCUGAUAAUGGAACCAAUUUUGUCGGCGCCGAAAGGGAGCUGCGGGAAGCCGUCGAAGAAAUGUACGCGUCCCAGGCGAUCCCAGAUUUCAUGAAAAGGGUCAGCAUCAAAUGGACCUUCCAACCGCCUCGGACACCUCAUUUUGGAGGCGCCCACGCAUCGCUGGUCCGUUCCACCAAGAAGGCGUUAUACAACGCCUUGGAGCAAGAAAAGAAUAGCUUCCGUCACCCGACGGAAGAUUUGCUCAGAACAUUAUUGUAUGAAGUAGCCGGACUGCUGAAUACCCGACCGUUGACUUAUGCCAGUUCCGAUCCGGCGGAUUUCCGCCCGUUAACGCCGAACGAUUUCUAA